AUGGAUUCGAAUAGAACCACGUUCAGUCCCAACGAGGAGGAUUUUUACAGGGCAGCAUUGCUGGGUGGAUUAUACCCUCUUCUGGUGCUUUGCACCAAGAACCUCGUUUUCAUGAGGCUUGAAAACUUUGUGCUGAGUCUUCGGUCGGAAAAGGGUAAUUUCGGUGACCUCGUGUACAGAAUAUAUAUGAUAACCUCAGCGAGCCACCUUGGCUGGUUCUGGUUCUUUUUUGUGAAUAUCUGGCUCAAGUUUGCCCUACUGGCUCUUUUGGCAUACCCGCAGGAAGACGAGUUAGAUGCAAACAACGUGACCUAUGUCAGCUGGCAACUGGUCACAUCCGAAACUAUUUUUUUUGCAGUAUCGACGAGCGUGAUGGAGUCUGUGGUAUAUUUAGUGAAUCUCAUGUUCAACGUGGAUGACGAGAUCGACCUGGAUCAUUAUGAUGAGACCUUGAAGAUGAGAUCAACCAUACUGAAUAGUUCCACACUCAGCAAGUGUCUGGAGAUCAAACAGCGAUUGAAGUCCGCAACGAAACAUCAACAGUACUAUGGCUCAGUGGACUCUGAGACCUUUUUUGAGGAUUAUCAGGAAGUACUCGUCAUUGAUUACAACGAUACACAAGGGACCUCUAUAGUGGAAUCGUCCUCUUCGUCGCAGAAGUCCAAGGGAACAAGAGCCGGAUUUGGAGUUGAUUCUUCCCACUCCAAGAAGUCUCGACUUGGCAGAUCAAUCGACGGUGAUGGAAGCGAAAACCCCGAGUCGCUCGAAGUAGAGCUUGAAAGGAUAUCCGAAGAACCACCCUCACCAAGCGGUCUUCACAAAAUCCCUUAUUUGAACGGAGCUGAUGCCCCAUCCUUUAUCAUCGACGGAUUUAUAAUCCACAGAGGUGAUUAUGAAGAACAUAAAGAUUAUUUCGUUUCCAGAUUGCGCGAUCAAUGGCUACUCAUUUGGAAACUAGACAGGUUCCUUAUCAACAUGAACGAAUCCCUGCUUCUGAGCAUUUAUUUCUACCCCACGACAGAUGCCAUAACUGCUCCAAGACUAGCCGAUCAAGACAAGUUCUUGGCCUUCGCAAUUGUGUCGUUGAUGGCAGUCAACGUGAUCCACUUCGAGCUAUGGCGUUGGUUGGUGAAUAUACCCAGAAUCCUGAACCUUGGGCCCUCCAUGAAAGAAAACAUUGACAAAUGUUUUUCCAAGUUCAGCUUUAGUUCUUCCCCCAAAAACACCCACCAGGGUGUGGUGGAGUAUUCCGCAGUAGGCCCAACCAACGAGCUGAUGGAUGCACAACCAAAGACUACGUCCUGGUUCGAAACAAUCACGUGGGACUACAACGUUAAUCUAUACUCGACACUAGAUGCAGGACUAAGAGAAGACAGAAUCACUUCGUUCACGGACGAAUGGAGCGAUUUUAAACGUCGUGCUGAUGUGAAACUGAACCUGAUCAACCUGGUCACUUAUACAUCCCCGUUGGCAAACUGCCUGAUCCUGGUGACUCUGAUCGAGUUUAUCCAUCAUUAUGUUGCGAUAUGA